AUCUCUAGUAGUGAGUCGUUUGCAAAAACAAUAGAAAGUCCCGUCCUGUAUUUUUGUCCAUUGUGCUCUGUUUUUCAAUAAUAUUAUUACCAACUACGGCAUCGCAGGGGACAUUAAUAAACGCAGAGGACGCGGCUAACGAACGCACACCGCUAAUGGAGGACAUAGACGUUGUACACGUCGAUGCCCCCAGCGUUACAGCAAAUCGUGUGGAGCGUCCUCAAAGGCGUCAAAAGCAACAACAUACCAAUUAUGGCACCACAGAAACGCCCAGCAGCAGUAAUCGAGAUCAGGCAGAUGGAGCAGUACUUGCCGUGCCUAGCGUGCUUAUACGUGAUGCUGGUACAAGUGCCCACCCUUCAAGACUAAGUGCAGGUGGUAGUGGGGGCGGUCCAGAUGGACAAACACAACAAGACAUUGAGGAAGAGCAGGGUCUAAAAUAUGGCGCUCAGCAUGUUAUUAAGCUAUUUGUGCCCGUUUCACUUUGCAUGCUGGUUGUGGUGGCCACCAUUAACUCGAUAAGCUUUUACAAUAGCACGGAUGUCUACCUCCUGUAUACGCCGUUUCACGAGCUUUCGCCCGAGCCAACGGUCAAGCUGUGGAAUGCAGUAGCCAAUUCUCUUAUACUAAUGAGCGUUGUUGUUGUCAUGACCAUACUGCUCAUUGUUUUGUACAAGAAGCGCUGCUAUCGCAUUAUACAUGGCUGGCUUAUACUCUCAUCGUUCAUGCUGUUGUUUAUCUUCACGUACUUAUACUUGGAGGAACUGCUGCGGGCGUAUAACAUUCCCAUGGACUAUCCAACUGCUGUGCUAAUUAUGUGGAACUUUGGUGUGGCCGGCAUGAUGUCCAUUCAUUGGCAGGGUCCUUUGCGUUUGCAGCAAGGUUAUCUAAUAUUUGUAGCCGCCUUGAUGGCUUUAGUGUUCAUAAAAUAUCUACCGGAGUGGACCGCCUGGGCUGUCUUGGCAGCCAUCUCCAUUUGGGAUCUCAUAGCCGUGUUGUCACCACGCGGACCUUUACGCAUAUUGGUCGAAACAGCUCAGGAGCGCAACGAACAAAUCUUUCCUGCGCUUAUAUAUUCCUCAACUGUUAUUUACGCGUUUAUGGGCACUGUCGGGCAGUCGGAACCAACUGCCACGUCUUCGCCCUCGUCCAGCAAUUCUACAACUACAACGCGUGCGACACAAAACUCUUUAGCAUCGCCAGAGCCGGCAGUUGCAUCUAGUAGCUCACGUUCAGGUAACUCACGUGAGAAUCAGGACAAUCAGACGGCAGCUGAAGGUAUGCCACUUGUGACUUUUAAAAGCAAUUUGCACGGAAACGCUGAGGCCGCUGGAUUUACGCAGGAAUGGUUUGCAGAGCGUGGGGAACGUACAGCACGUCGUCAAAUUGAAGUGCAGAGCAUGCAGAGUGGCAAUGGAAAUCGUCCUAAUGAAUACAGAACUGUUCCCGCACCCAACCAACCCCAGAUGGAGGCACAAGAAGAACGUGGCAUCAAAUUGGGUCUUGGCGAUUUUAUAUUCUACUCUGUGCUAGUCGGAAAGGCCUCCAGCUAUGGUGACUGGACCACCACCAUUGCCUGCUUUGUGGCUAUACUAAUUGGCCUUUGCCUAACAUUGCUACUCUUAGCCAUUUGGCGCAAAGCCUUGCCAGCUCUGCCAAUCUCUAUAACAUUUGGUCUGAUCUUUUGCUUUGCCACCAGCGCUGUGGUCAAGCCCUUUAUGGAAAAUCUAUCGGCCAAGCAGGUGUUUAUAUAAUUAAAAGACUAUAACCUCAGCGGACUCUAAGACGUCUCGGUAUUGUAAUCCCAACUAAGAAAAAAAAAAGACAUUUUAUAAUAAAUUUUCUUUAUUUAACAAGA